UUGGUCAAUAGGUUGGGGCGCCAGUGUUGAUGGAUUGACGAUAGCUUUCAGAUUGAGCUGAAAGGCCGUGUUCCAGCGACAAUUUGUAGCUUUCCUAACCCUUUGCACUGUCUGAUGGUUCUUAAAUAUUUGAACUGAAUCCUGGAUUUAUCAUUACCUGUUUUGUGUUAGGGGGCAGCAUUGUGUAAAUCAUAGAAAAGUCACUUAGUGGUGGCAGAGUUGGCACUAGAACUCUGCUGUCUGGUUUCUUCAAGAGCAGAAGCAAGUUCCUUAACUUCUCUGGGCUUAUUCCCCAUCUAGUCGAAGAGGGUUGGAUAACAUGCUUGCUUGCUAGUCACAGAACGGUCUAAGCGUCAGCAUCACCUGGGAAAUUCUCAGAAUGGGAGACUCCGGAGCCCCGCUCACCCCCAAAGCUGCUGAAUCCGAAUCUGCAUUUGAAUCUGAUCUUCAGGGGUUUCAUAUGCACGUUAAAGUUUGAGAAGUGCUGGGAUGGUCUCCCAGAUUCUGGUCUUCCUCCAAAAUUCUGUGAUUCUCGGUUUCCCAAGCCAGUGGUUCCCUACAAAUAUGUAGGGUUCGCUAGAGAGGAUUUGGUCUUGCCGGUGUACCUCGUUGAUCGUCACGGAUGGCAACGCCGCCACAGUCUCAGCACCGCUCCUCUGACCCUAGCUGGGUUUGGGUCGGUCCUGAGACAGUGGGACAGCAGAGGAAACAUGAGCGCCAACUCUGCCUUUACGGAGCCUUGAGAAGCGAGCCCAAGCCUGUACUGUGCCUUCUUUUUUUGUGCUGUUAGGAUUUCCGGAGUGUUAGCGCUCUCUGCCCCAGACCUAACUAACCAGCCUGCAUUGUGUGAAGCCUGUGGUUUUCAGUGAGCUCGUAUAAUUGCUUGCUAUGGAAAAUCUUGUGAAAAUGAUAGAAAAAAAUGAAAAAGGAGCAGAGCCAGGAUCCCUAGAGCUGGGUGUCUGCAGAUAAAUGGUCUUCCUUUGUGUUGUAGGAGUUCUUCUUGUGGCUGAAGGGGGUCUGUAUCCACAUCAGGAAUCCUGUUGUUCUCUCUCAGCCCUCAGGUUUUGGAAAUUCAUAAAAUGUCAGCUUAUCAUAAGCAAAGAUCUUCCUAGCAAGUUUCUGAAGACAGCACUGGAGAGAAAUGUGUAUCCGGAGCUCGGUGUCGGCGCGCUACCCCAACACGACGGCCGCGAUGCGGGGCCCAUUGUCCCCAAGAUUUCGGGUCUAGAGAGGAGCCAGGAGAAGAGCCAGGACUGCGGCAAAGAGCCCAUCUUUGAGCCCGUGGUGCUGAAGGACCCCCGCCCUCAGGUCCCGCCGCCGCCGUCCCAGCCCCAGGCGGAGCCCCCGCCCCGGGCGCCUUCUCCGGACCCCGCCUCGGGGCCUCGCGCCGAGCCCCCGCCGCCGCCCCCCCCGCGCCCCGGCGCCCAGCCUCCCGCCCCGGCCGCCCCGGCCGCAGUCCCCGGGGCCGCUGCCGCCCCAGGCCCUCCCGCCCGCGCCGGCCCACCCCUCCGCCCAGAGCCUCCCCCAGCCGCUGUCCGCCUACAACAGCAGCAGCCUGAGCCUCAACAGCCUCAGGUGAGCCGCUGCCCGGCUUCGGUCAUCUUCUGCGGGACGGGCAGCUGGCGUUGGGAGCGGGGCGCCCGGGCGCUGCGCUUUCCUGGUGGAAAAGCUUUAUCGCAGCGAGGCGGCGACGCAGCCCAGGCCCGAGAGGCCGCUGGGACAGGGUCUCCUGGGAGCAGGGCUGGACGGGUUGGGUGGAGGAUGGGUGGUGAGGACGUUGUCAAGAGCUGA